AUGCGACUUGCUUUUUAUUCUGGACGACCUACAACCAUAUUCAAACCUGUCAAGCCCUGUACUUGUUUACUUAGAAGAAAGGUCUCCCAUCUUGCAGAAGUUUUUGCAAAAGCUCAUCCGACGUUCUCGCUCUCCUCGAAAGAUGUCACUAUCCUUUCAGAGCCUCGCCAGUUCUACAAGGCGCUGCUUGACAUGGUAAAGCGAGCAAGGCGGCGUAUCUUCUUAUCGUCGUUGUACAUCGGUACAGAGGAGACAGAGCUUAUAGAGACACUCCACCGUUCUCUCUCCCUCAAUUCCGAAGUACGACUCUCUCUCUUGCUCGACCUGCGUCGAUCAACCCGCCCCGGACCGUCGACCGCUCAUCUGCUCCUCCCCCUCCUGCGUGCCUUUCCCGAUCGAUGCGAAGUGCGGAUGUUCAAGUCCCCCAAGCUGCGCGGGCUGAUGGAACGUCUUGUCCCGAGAAGGUUCGACGAAGGCUGGGGGACAUGGCAUGCGAAAAUGUACGGAGUAGAUGACGAGGUCAUGUUCAGCGGGGCGAAUCUCAACACGAGCUAUUUUACCGACCGGCAAGACCGCUAUCUACAUUUCUCCAGCCAGCCGGAUCUGGCAGCGUACUGUCUGCGGUUUCUUCACACCUUCGCGCAAUAUUCCUUCCGUCUGUUGCCUACUUCUUCGGUGUCGUCUUCUGCUUAUAGCCCGAGUGAAUACGCACUUGAAUGGACCAACGCAGCAUGCAUGUUCCCGCACAUAGUUCAGCACGCGGAGAGAGACAUUCUCGCACUCCAGUCCUCCCACCCACCACCACCAUCAGUCAACACGCAAGCAGACACCCACCUCCGUCCGGUGCUCCAAGCAGGAAUCUUCAACAUCCGCGAAGAAGAGCGUCUCCUGCCUCUGCUCAUACGCGGAGCGGCAUCCCAGGGGCGAAAACUGGACCUUACGAGCGGGUACUUCGCGUUGCAUGAGCCGUACCAGCGGGCGAUAUUGAAAGCUAGGAUCCCAACUAGAAUACUCGCUGCAGGGCCAAAGGCAAACGGAUUCUACGCUUCCCCAGGAGUCUCCUCCCGCCUGCCUGAAGCCUACACGAUUGCCGAACAUCGCUUCCUUUCCCGUGCUCGCAAAGCCGGAUUGGCUGGUGACCACCAGACCGGGGAAGGAGAGGUCUUGAGGCUUGAUGAAUGGGAAAAAGAAGGAUGGACAUAUCAUGCUAAAGGAUUAUGGUUCUCCCCAGUCGCUGGGGAACAGCUGCCAUACGCAACCUUGUUCGGGAGUACGAACCUCAAUUCCCGCUCUGCGCAGCUGGACACCGAGCUUUCCUUUCUCCUCUCCACCCGCUCGCGCGAGCUCCAGCAGGCCCUGGGGAGAGAGGUGCAAGGGUUGUGGGAGGCGGGGAGGAGGGUCGACGAGCGGGAUUUGGACGCGGCGGGGAGGGUAAGGUGGGGCACGAGGGUGCUUGCGAGAGUUGUGGGGGGGAUGUUGUAG